AUGAACAAACGGAAAGAAACGCGUUUCUCUUGGCUUCCCGUUCUCCUCGCAAACAUCACCUACCACUUGUGUCUCACUAAAUUCGUCGACGUCUAUGGGGAUCUGGCGCAAGAGUUGGGGCAGCAAGUCAUCUUCAAUUUGGAACAGCCGGGAAAUUGCGCCAAAACAAUCACCUCGGCAUUUUUUGCGCAGCCGGAAGGCUUUCGUGUGCAGGCGUAUCUCGAUGGAGCCGCGAUUGACAUCUUGCAAAACUUCACCACCGCCACCACGUUUUCGAUGGCCACCGGCGCGCUUCGCAUCGAGAUUACGAAUAUUCAAGACGGGACCCCGCCAAAGCCCUGGCAUCAGCUGUUUACCGUUUACGGAGACGAGUACCGCAUCGUUGCCAACACCCGCGAUAUUCCCAACUACGGGGUGAAUAUGAUGAUCGCCGCCGGGCCUGCCAAGAAAUACAUUUUCUACCAGCCUUCGGCGGAGAUCGACCUCGCCUCGGUCGCCAUACAGCUCAAGCUGGACGGCGAUUGUCCGGCCAAUGUUUGGCAGGGGCUGACACGCAACGAACAAACACACUUUUAUGGUUACAGAUGCCGGCCAGGUAUGCGGGGAGAAAGUCUACCGUACCCUGAUACCGGAUCCGAUCUAUGGACGGUACCUGACGUU